GAUGGCUCGCUUCGGGGAGGCGGUGGCUGGCAGGCUGGGCUCCGGGGAUGGGGGCUCCGAGCAGAACCGCAGCCGGCAAGGAGCCGCUGCUCCGGCAGGAGGGUCCCCGGGAGCCUUCAAGCAAACCAAAGCGCAGCGAGCCCGGACUAUGGCUCUGUACAACCCCAUCCCUGUCCGGCAGAACUGCUUCACCGUCAACAGAUCAUUGUUCCUCUUUGGGGAAGAUAACAUAGUCAGGAAAUACGCCAAGAAGCUCAUCGACUGGCCUCCCUUUGAGUAUAUGAUCCUGGCAACCAUCAUUGCCAACUGCAUCGUGCUGGCCCUGGAGCAGCACCUCCCAGAGGACGACAAGACACCCAUGUCACGGAGACUGGAGAAGACGGAGCCGUACUUCAUUGGGAUUUUCUGCUUUGAGGCUGGGAUUAAGAUUGUGGCUCUGGGCUUUGUUUUCCACAAGGGCUCAUACCUGCGCAAUGGCUGGAACGUCAUGGACUUCAUCGUGGUCCUCAGUGGCAUCCUUGCCACAGCUGGAACACACUUCAACACACACGUGGACCUGCGCACCCUGCGGGCCGUGCGUGUGCUCAGGCCUCUGAAGCUCGUCUCGGGCAUUCCCAGCCUUCAAAUUGUGCUGAAAUCCAUCAUGAAGGCCAUGGUGCCUCUCCUCCAGAUCGGCUUGCUGCUCUUUUUUGCUAUUCUCAUGUUUGCCAUCAUCGGCCUGGAGUUCUACAGUGGGAAACUGCACCGAGCCUGCUACACAAACAAUUCAGGUGAGCUGGAGGAGCUGGACCCUCCCCACCCCUGCGGGGUGCAGGGUUGUCCGCCAGGCUAUGAGUGCCGGGAGUGGAUCGGUCCCAACGAUGGGAUCACGCAGUUUGACAACAUCCUCUUUGCUGUGCUGACCGUCUUCCAGUGCAUCACCAUGGAAGGGUGGACCACAGUUCUGUACAAUACCAAUGAUGCCUUAGGAGCCACCUGGAACUGGCUAUACUUCAUCCCCCUCAUCAUCAUUGGAUCCUUCUUUGUCCUCAACCUUGUCCUGGGAGUGCUGUCAGGGGAGUUUGCCAAAGAACGUGAGCGCGUGGAGAACCGCCGGGCCUUCAUGAAGCUGCGGCGACAGCAGCAGAUCGAGCGGGAGCUCAAUGGCUACCGGGCCUGGAUAGACAAAGCGGAGGAAGUCAUGCUGGCUGAAGAGAACAAAAACGCUGGGACCUCAGCCUUAGAAGUGCUCAGGCGAGCCACCAUCAAGAGGAACCGGACAGAUGCCAUGAACCGUGACUCCAGCGAUGAGCACUGCGUUGAUAUCUCCUCCGUGGGCGAGCGGAGGCUGGCACAGAGGAGGCCUCUUCAUCCCACAUUGGGUAACCCCCUGAGUCGCUCUGGUCUCAAAGGAGUGGAUGGAGCCUCUUAUUUACGGCACAAGGAGCGGCUCCUGCGCAUCUCCGUUCGCCACAUGGUGAAAUCCCAGGUCUUCUACUGGAUUGUCUUGAGCCUGGUGGCUCUUAACACUGCCUGUGUGGCCAUCGUCCAUCACAACCAGCCAGCCUGGCUCACACACUUCCUCUACUAUGCAGAGUUCCUGUUUCUUGGGCUCUUCCUCCUGGAGAUGUCCUUGAAGAUGUAUGGGAUGGGGCCACGCCUCUACUUCCAUUCUUCAUUCAACUGCUUUGACUGUGGGGUCACAGUGGGAAGCAUCUUUGAAGUGGUUUGGGCCAUCUUCCGACCAGGGACCUCUUUUGGGAUCAGUGUCCUACGAGCCCUUCGCCUCCUGCGAAUAUUUAAAAUAACCAAGUACUGGGCAUCCUUGAGGAACUUGGUGGUCUCGCUGAUGAGCUCCAUGAAGUCUAUUAUCAGCCUGCUCUUCUUGCUCUUCCUCUUUAUUGUAGUCUUUGCCCUGCUGGGAAUGCAGCUGUUUGGAGGGGGGUUUAAUUUCAUUGAUGGGACACCAUCAGCCAACUUUGACACUUUCCCUGCGGCCAUCAUGACAGUGUUCCAGAUCUUGACGGGUGAGGACUGGAACGAGGUGAUGUACAACGGCAUCCGCUCCCAGGGAGGUGUUCGCUCUGGCAUGUGGUCCUCCAUCUAUUUCAUCGUCCUCACCUUGUUUGGGAAUUAUACUCUGCUGAAUGUCUUCUUGGCCAUUGCAGUGGACAACCUGGCUAACGCUCAGGAGCUCACCAAGGACGAGCAGGAGGAAGAAGAGGCCUUUAACCAGAAGCAUGCCCUUCAGAAAGCCAAGGAAGUCAGCCCCAUGUCUGCCCCCAACAUGCCUGCUAUUGAGCGGGAGCGGCGCCGGAGGCACCACAUGUCGGUGUGGGAGCAGCGCACCAGCCAGCUGCGCCGGCACAUGCAGAUGUCCAGCCAGGAGGGCAUCAAUAAGGAUGAGCCACCUCUCAUCAACCCACACGCCAGCAUCUUCCGCCGCAAGAAACCAGGGGACGGCGUUGCCUUGGAGAAGUGCGAUGAGGAGCAAGGUGGCAAGGGAGAGCGGCCGCCGGCUGAGGGUACCGAGCAGCCGGCCCCAGGGACCAACCCAGGCGGUGGGGAGGACAGGAGGAGCCCAUCGCCCCGCUCCAGGAGGGACAAGGAGAUGUGGCAACACAAAGCGUGCCACGGGAACUGCGAGCCGGGUGAGGAAGGGGCAGGAGGUGGCAUUGAGGAGAGGGCGCGGAUGAGGCAGAGCCAGCGGCGCAGCCGGCAUCGGAAAGCCAGGAUGGAGGGGAAGGAGCCGACUGGAGCCCUGGAGAGCCGUGCGGGCAGCCAGGAGAUGGGGCUGGAAGAGCCCUGCCCCGCAGAGGGGAUGCAGGAUGGGGAGCGGCGUGGGGAUGCUGCUGCAGCACUGGACCUGAUUCAGGGCGAGCCGGAGGCGAGCGGGGACCCCACCAGGACCAAUGGGGCUCCAACCGAGGAGGGAAGCAUUCCAGCAUCAGCCCCUGAGCCCCCCCGGGGGAUGGAAGGCAGCCUGGGUGAGCAGGACUGCAGCAGCCCAGACACCAGUGAGCAGGCCCUGCUAGGGGGGGCGGCACUGGGGGCCAGCCGCACUGUCAGCCGCAGUGAGCCUGACCUGUCCUCCGUCACCGCCAACACCGAAAAGGCCACUGAGAGCACCACCAUCAUGAUUGAUGUCCAAGACUCCACUGUGGUACAGAUUAGCAACAAGACCGAUGGAGAAGCCAGCCCCUUGAAGGAGGCUGAGAGCAAAGAGGAUGAGGAGGAGAUGGAGAAGAAGAAGCGGAAGAAGGAGAAGAGCGAGACAGGCAAAGCGAUGGUGCCACACAGCUCCAUGUUCAUCUUCAGCACCACAAACCCGGUGCGCAGAGCCUGCCACUACAUUGUGAACCUGCGCUACUUCGAGAUGUGCAUCCUGCUGGUCAUCGCCGCCAGCAGCAUCGCCCUCGCGGCUGAGGAUCCCGUCCUCACCAACUCCGACCGUAACAAAGUGCUGAGGUAUUUUGACUAUGUUUUCACUGGUGUGUUCACCUUCGAGAUGGUUAUCAAGAUGAUCGAUCAGGGAUUGAUCCUGCAGGAUGGCUCCUACUUCCGAGACCUCUGGAACAUCCUAGAUUUCAUCGUGGUGGUGGGAGCUCUGGUGGCCUUCGCCUUGGCGAAUGCUUUGGGGACCAACAAGGGUCGGGAUAUCAAGACCAUCAAGUCUCUCCGUGUGCUGCGGGUCUUGAGGCCCCUGAAAACCAUCAAGAGGCUGCCGAAGCUCAAGGCUGUCUUCGACUGCGUUGUGACGUCCCUCAAGAACGUUUUCAACAUCCUCAUUGUCUACAAGCUCUUCAUGUUCAUCUUUGCUGUCAUUGCUGUCCAGCUAUUCAAGGGGAAGUUUUUCUACUGCACUGACAGCUCUAAGGACACAGAGAAGGACUGCAUAGGGAACUACGUGGACCAUGAGAAGAACAAGAUGGAGGUGAAGUGCCGGGAGUGGAAACGACAUGAGUUUCACUAUGACAAUAUAAUCUGGGCGUUGCUCACCUUGUUCACAGUCUCCACUGGCGAGGGUUGGCCACAGGUGCUGCAGCAUUCGGUGGAUGUGACGGAGGAGGACCGUGGGCCCAGCCGCAGUAACCGCAUGGAGAUGUCCAUUUUUUACGUCGUCUAUUUUGUGGUCUUCCCUUUCUUCUUCGUCAACAUUUUUGUGGCUCUCAUCAUCAUCACAUUCCAAGAGCAAGGAGACAAAAUGAUGGAGGAGUGCAGUCUGGAGAAGAAUGAGAGGGCCUGUAUUGACUUUGCCAUCAGUGCCAAGCCUCUCACACGCUACAUGCCCCAGAACCGGCACACCUUCCAGUACCGGGUCUGGCAUUUUGUGGUCUCCCCAUCCUUUGAGUAUACCAUCAUGGCCAUGAUUGCUUUGAACACUGUGGUGCUGAUGAUGAAGUACUACUCUGCUCCAUACACCUAUGAGCUGGCCCUGAAGUACCUGAACAUCGCUUUCACCAUGGUGUUCUCUUUGGAGUGCGUCCUUAAGAUCAUUGCUUUUGGCUUUCUGAAUUAUUUCCGGGACACCUGGAAUAUCUUUGACUUCAUCACCGUCAUUGGCAGCAUCACAGAGAUCAUCCUGACAGACACCAAGCUGGUAAACACCAGCAGCUUCAACAUGAGUUUCCUGAAGCUCUUCCGGGCGGCUCGGCUCAUCAAGCUGCUGCGCCAGGGUUACACCAUCCGCAUCCUGCUGUGGACAUUUGUGCAGUCCUUCAAGGCUCUCCCCUAUGUCUGCCUCCUAAUCGCGAUGCUUUUCUUCAUCUAUGCCAUCAUUGGGAUGCAGGUUUUUGGCAACAUCAAACUAGAUGAGGAAAGCCACAUUAACCGGCACAACAACUUCCGCAGCUUCCUGGGCUCCCUCAUGCUUCUCUUCAGGAGUGCCACUGGUGAGGCAUGGCAGGAGAUCAUGCUCUCCUGCCUGGAGGGCAAAGGCUGCGAGCCAGACACAACGGCGACAUCCGGGCAGAAUGAGAACGAGCGCUGUGGCACCGACCUGGCCUACGUCUAUUUUGUCUCCUUCAUCUUCUUCUGCUCGUUCCUGAUGCUCAACCUGUUUGUGGCAGUCAUCAUGGACAAUUUUGAGUACCUGACACGAGAUUCCUCCAUCCUGGGACCUCACCAUCUAGAUGAAUUUGUCCGGAUCUGGGCAGAGUAUGACAGAGCAGCGUGUGGCCGAAUCCAUUACACUGAGAUGUAUGAAAUGCUGACUCUUAUGUCACCACCGCUAGGCCUCGGCAAGAGAUGUCCUUCCAAAGUGGCCUAUAAGAGAUUGGUGCUGAUGAACAUGCCCGUGGCUGAGGACAUGACGGUCCAUUUCACCUCCACCCUGAUGGCGCUGAUACGCACCGCCCUGGACAUCAAAAUUGCCAAAGGUGGUGCAGAUUGGCAGCAGUUAGACUCUGAGCUUCAAAAGGAGAUCCUGACCAUUUGGCCUCACCUGUCCCAGAAGAUGCUCGACCUGUUGGUACCCAUGCCAAAAACUUCUGACCUGACUGUUGGCAAAAUAUAUGCAGCCAUGAUGAUUAUGGAUUACUACAAGCAGAGCAAGGCGAAGAAACAGAGGCAGCAGCUGGAGGAGCAGAAAAACGCGCCCAUGUUCCAGCGCAUGGAGCCAUCCUCUUUGCCACAGGAAAUCAUCUCCAAUGCAAAGGCUCUGCCUUACCUCCAGCAGGACACCCUCACGGGGCUGAGCAGCCGAAGUGGGUUCCCCUCGCUGAGCCCGCUCUCACCACAGGAGAUCUUCCAGCUGGCGUGCAUGGAUCCAGCCCAGGGGCAGUUCCAGGAGCACCAGUCUCUGGAGCCAGAGGUUAGGGAGUUUCAAAGAGUGCAACCCUCUAACCGUGGCAGCUACCUUCCUGUGGACACUCAGGACCACGCUGUCUCUGGGAGGGCCUCCUCCAUGCCUCGUCUCACUGUGGAUCCCCAGGUGGUGACGGACACCAGCUCGAUGAGGCGGUCGUUUUCCACCAUCCGAGACAAACGCACCAACACCUCCUGGCUGGAUGAGUUCUCCAUGGAGCGCAGCAGCGACAACACCUACAAGUCCCGCCGGCGCAGCUACCAUUCCUCGCUCCAGCUCUCUGCCCGGCGCCUCAACGCUGACUCAGGCCACAGGUCCGAGGGGCACCGCUCGGGUGGCAGGGAGCGGGGCCGAUCCAAAGAGCGCAAGCACUUGCUGUCCCCUGACAUCUCCCGCUGCAACUCAGAGGAGAGGAGUCCCCAGGCACACGAUGAGUCUCCAGAGCGGCGGCGUGAGUCCCGGUCCCCCAGCGAGGGCAGGUCACAAACGCCCAACAGGCAGGGAACGGGCUCCCUGAGUGAAAGCUCCAUCCCCUCCAUCUCGGACACCAGCACACCCCGGCGAGGCCGCCGCCAGCUCCCACCGGUGCCCCCAAAACCGCGUCCCCUCCUCUCCUACGCCUCCAUGCUGCGGCACGCUGCCGGAGACGCCUCACCACCUCCCGACGAGACCGAAGGGGGGUCCCCGCUCCUCUCCAAGGAGCCCAACGCCGCCGGCCUGACCGAGUCUUCCAGCUCCCCAGCGGGGAAGCCGAGCCGGCCGUCCACCCCGCAGCGUUACAUCUCAGAGCCCUACCUGGCCCUGCACGACGACUCGCACGCCUCGGACUGCGGCGAGGAGGAAACGCUCACCUUCGAGGCGGCCGUGGCCACCAGCCUGGGUCGUUCCAACACCAUUGGCUCAGCUCCACCUCUGCGGCACAGCUGGCAGAUGCCCAACGGGCACUACAGGAGGAGGAGGCGAGGGGCCGGGCAAGGCGUGAUGUGCGGGGCCAGCAUCGACGUGCUCAGUGACACUGAGGAAGAUGACAAGUGCUAGAGGUUGCGUCCCCGCCGCUGCCGCCCCGCCGCCCUGCCCUCUCCAAUGCAUGCUCUUCGCCACGCCUGGGAAUGAAACGAAACCAAAACCAAACGCAAAGGGGGAAGUUAAAAAAAAAAAAA